AUGAAGUGUCCGACUCUUCUCGCCGCCUCUCUGGUUGGUGCUGGUCUCGCUCGUGCCCAGUGUCCCUUCGCGGACCCUGCACGACUUGCUCCCAGGGCUGACGGCGUCACGUCCCGCGACCACGUCGCCCAAUACGACGUAGACGACAGUCAAGGCUUCUUGACAUCGGACGUCGGCGGACCUAUCGCGGACCAGAACAGCCUGAAAGCCGGUCAGCGGGGGCCUACUCUGUUGGAGGACUUUAUCUUCCGACAAAAGAUUACGCGCUUCGACCACGAACGAGUGCCCGAACGGGCUGUCCAUGCUCGCGGGGCCGGUGCGUACGGCACCUUUACCAGCUAUGGCGACUUCAGCAACAUCACGGCGGCGUCCUUUUUGGGGGCCAAGGACAAGAAGACGCCUACAUUCGUGCGCUUCUCCACCGUGGCUGGCUCGCGCGGCAGCGCAGACACGGCACGCGAUGUCCAUGGCUUUGCCGUCAGACUCUUCACGGAUGAGGGCAACUUUGACAUUGUCGGCAACAACAUCCCCGUCUUCUUCAUCCAGGACGCCAUCCAGUUCCCCGAUCUGAUCCACGCCGUCAAGCCCCGGUCCGACAAUGAGAUCCCCCAGGCGGCGACGGCGCACGACAGCGCCUGGGACUUCUUUAGCCAGGAGACGUCGACGCUGCAUACCCUCUUCUGGGCCAUGGCGGGCUAUGGAAUUCCGAGGAGCUUUCGACACAUGGACGGGUUCGGAGUCCACACAUUCCGCUUUGUCACCAACGACGGCGAUACCAAACUCAUCAAGUGGCACUGGAAGUCCAAGCAAGGCAAGGCCAGCUUGGUUUGGGACGAAGCCCAGCAUGUCGCAGGCAAGAAUGCGGACUUUCACCGCCAGGAUCUCUUUGACGCCAUCGAGUCGGGUGAAUACCCUGAAUGGGAGCUCAACAUCCAGAUCAUCGAGGAGAGCCAGGCCCUCAGCUUCGGAUUCGAUGUCAUGGACCCGACCAAGAUCAUUCCCGAGGAGCUCGCGCCUCUUCACCCUGUGGGCGUGAUGCGUCUCGACGCAAAUCCCGUCAAUUACUUUGCUGAAACGGAACAGGCCAUGUUCCAACCCGGGCACAUCGUUCGUGGCGUCGACUUCACCGAAGACCCUCUGCUGCAGGGACGGAUCUUCUCAUACCUCGAUACCCAGAUCAACCGCCACGGCGGUCCCAACUUUGAGCAGCUGCCCAUCAACCGACCCAUCGGCAAGGUCCACAACAACAACCGCGAUGGCGCCGGGCAAAAUACGAUUCCCAAGAACACGGCACCUUACAAUCCAAACACCCUCAACAAGGGCUUUCCCAUGCAGGCCAACCAGACCGAGGGCAAGGGAUUCUUCACCGCUCCCGAGCGCAAGGCCGACGGCCCGCUGGUCCGCAGCCGCAGCUCGACCUUUGCCGACCACUGGAGCCAGCCGCGACUCUUCUACAACUCCCUUACCAAGAUCGAGCAGCAGUUCCUCAUUGAUGCCAUCCGCUUUGAGACCAGCCAGGUGCAGCCGGCGGUGCAGAAGAACGUCUUGUUCCAGCUCAACAGAAUCAGCCACGACAUCGCCGUGCGCGUGGGCAAGGCUCUUGGUCUGGAACCGCCCGCCGAGGAUGACCGCUUCUAUCACAGCAACACGACCAAAGGCAUCUCCAUCUUUGGCCAAAAGCUGCCUACUAUCGCGACGCUGCGAGUCGGUGUGCUCGCCUCGACCGCCGCCAAAGAGUCGAUGGACCAGGCCAGCUCGCUCAAGAGUGCUUUCAAGGCUGACAAGGUCAAGGUCAUCACUGUGGGCGAGUCCCUCGCCGACGGCGUCGACAUAACCUACUCAGCCGCCGAUGCCAUUGGCUUCGACGGCAUCAUAGUGGCGUCGGGCGCUCAGGCCCUGUUCAAGGCAGCCAACAAGACAACCCUGUUCCCGCCCGGUCGGCCAGCUCAGAUCCUGAGAGACGGUUACAACUGGGGCAAGCCCGUCGGCUUUCUUGGGUCCACGGGCGACGCGAACACCGCGGCUGGCGUUCAUGAUGGCCCAGGAGUGUUUGUCUCAAACGACGUCGACGCCAUCGUCAAAGACUUCAAGGAGGGUCUUGCCGUGUUCAAGUUCACGGAUCGGUUUCCGGUAGAUGCAGACGCUUAA